GCUGAAGAGGGUUGGUGUGUUCAGCUGGCAUUAAACGCUGAGGAUUUCUGGGUCUUCAUGGUUCAUGACCGGAGGCCAGUACACUACACAGUAGCGUCAGUCAUCACUGAGCUCGUGAAAUGGUGUUGGGAAGUGACUUUGAGCUUGUUGUGUCUCCGCUGCCCCACGCUGCGCUGCUUUCCAUACGGGGCGGGGUGCCGCUCAGUCCGGCGCACAGCGCAGAGCGCACCGUCACCAGCUGCUCUCCCUGCACCGUCUGCCUGUUUCACUGUAGAACAUGGGUCUGGAAAAGGAGAAAUUGGACACGAGCAUAAUUAUGGAUGAAGAUGAGUUCAACAGAUCGAUAGAACCCAUUCUGUCGAAGAAAGGGAAGGUGUAUACACCGGAGCCGGACCGAGAUCCAAACGACAUCAACGCGCACUUGAAGGUUGGCUUUGAAGAUGUCAUCGCUGAGCCCACCUCCACUCACAGCUUCGACAAAGUGUGGAUAGGAAGUCACGCCGCGUUCGAGGUGAUCAAAUUCAUCUUUUACCGCCUCCUGACCACACUGCUGGCCGUGCCUAUGGCGUUCAUCCUCGGAGUGGUGUUCGGGGUGCUGAGCUGCAUCCACAUCUGGUUGGUGAUGCCAGUGAUCCAGUGCUUCUUGAUGCUCUUACCAUCAGUCCAGGUGGUGUGGAAGAGUUUGACAGACAUGUUCAUAACUCCACUCUUCCACAGUAUGGGAAAAAUCCUGUCCUCUGUUCAAGUGAAGACCACAGAGAACUGAUGCAGACACCCCCCUGUGCCUAUGGAGAAAGAAAAAUAAAGAGUGAAUGAUGCACGUAUUGGAAUACAGGAGUAAAAUAUGAAAUCCUGAAGAGAAAACAAUGAAAACUAAUGAUACAUACACCAAUAAAUAGAAAGAUUAGGCUCAGCAAUUUGAUAAUUUGCAAAAACAAGAUAUCUUAAAAACAUGUGUUACAUAUAAUCAGGUAUAUUUCAGUGUUCAUAUUGAAACUUACAUCUACUGUACUUUUAUCCAAGAUUAAGAUGCCAUUUAUUAACCUGCAGAUCAACAGAUCCAUGAUCGUGGUCACACGGUUUGUUAGUCACAUCACCAUAGUGAAGUAAAUAGUUGUGAUACCAAACAUGGAGUUGUUUUGCUGAUUGUGACCAAAAAAAGAUUAUUGUCAUUCCAUUUGACUUUGUGGCUGAAAGAAUCAAUUGGAGGAGUGUAAUAUUAAGGCAAACUUACUGCUGACUUGCUGAGAGAUGUAAGAUUUCUGCUUUUAUAUAUAUAUUGUAUAUAUUGCAAAUAAUUCAACUAGAAGUUGAAUGUACUGAACUUAAUCAGAGUAGCUAGUCUGAGAGAACGGCAUAUUAAUAAUAAAUGCUAAAAUGCAGCUUGUUGCACAUUUUCAAGCUUAUUUUACUGUAACUGCUGUGUUGAUUUCACAGUGUGUUGGCAAUAAUAUUGGGCAUUUGCUUUAUAUGGACCUAAACUUUUUGCAAUAUAGUUGUUUUAACAUGUUACUGAACUAUGUCAAAAAACAGGAUUGGAUAUCAUCGGAGGGGUGACUUUCUAAUUUAUUAUUUAUGCAACGACCAAUUCUUGCUUGGCAAACUCUGACUUUUGGCAUGUCUGACAUAAGAGGGUGAACCAUAUUUCUUAUUGUAUUUGAUCAAGCUGAGACUCUGGUACAUGUACGUAUAUUUUUUGCAGUAUAUUUGAUAGAGUUGAGUUUUAGGUACAAGCCUGCACAGUUCCCACUUGCUAUGAGCUGUACAAUCUAAACUUUAGAAGGCGACGUCAAGAGAAUUGGUGUAGCAGUUAUGGAGAUGAGUGUCUGGUACAUAUUUACACUGAUUGGUGCAUUCUGAACAGAUUUCAACUUUUCUAUUGUAUACUUUAAAUUUGUAAUUUAAAGUGCAAAUCCUCCUCUAAUAAACAGACACAUACAUGUCAGCUGCCUGUUUCCACAUCCAGCAUUAGCUUUCAUGUGUUUCUGUCAUCCUUUUGCUGCUGAGAAAAAACAUCUGCUUGUGUAGCUACUAGAUGUGUCACGUUCAUUAGAAGAUAGUUGCUAACUUUGUUUGCAGUUUGCUGCUGGGCAGGUCAUGCUGCUUCUUCAAACAGGACACAGAGACUGAACCGUUGCCGUUAUACCAAAACACUGAAGUAAAAGUGGCUAAAAAGCUCAGUAAAGCUGUAGACUCAGAUGAUAAUUGUCUUUUAGUUCAUUACUGUAUAUCGUUUGUAGUGGAUGUUUAUCCAGAUUUGUAGGGUUAUAGCUCUAAAUAAUAGUUAAUACAGCGUGUUACUCAAGAUUUUACUGCAAGUAACCAGAACACAGAGAGUCAGACUCAGAAGAAGAUACUGUAUGUGUGAUGUGAUGUCUUAUUUCCAGCUGACAACUGAAAGUCAGCAGUCCUUUUUGAACCAUUUCACUGAUGUUAGACAGCUGACAGCAUGCCAGUCGGUAUGCCUGUGUUUAGUUUUUCAACUCUCAGAGGAAAGUUAGGGUAGGGUUGUGCAAUAGUGGUAGACACAGGUGUGUGGCUAAAGCUUUUUCUCUGCUCAGCAAAACCAUGUAGCACUAAUUAACCUCACCUCAGCCCAGCUAAUGUUCAAAAGCUAUAUAUCCAUUUUAGUCCAAUGAAUUAUAAUGUGACAUGCAUCUGUCAGGAGAAAAUACCGCCUUCAUAUGUUUGUCAAAUCGAAUCAAAUUUGUUCCUUGUGACCAAAAUAAAGAUAUGUUUUCC